GCGGGUUCCCAGCAUGGCGGCCACCUGGCCGUCUGGGCCAGCUACUCCGGAGGCCGUGGCCGCCCAGGUCCUGGGUGUCCUGUGGUUCGUGUCAGUCACCACGGGACCUUGGGGAGCUGCUGCGAUCGCCGCCGCCGGUGGCGAGGAGACGCUUAAGUGCGAGGACCUCAAAUUGGGACAAUAUCCUCUAUAUAUUUGUAAAGAUCCAAAAAUAAAUGAUGCUACACAAGAACCAGUUAACUGUACAAACUACACAGCUCAUGUUCCUUGUUUUCCAGCACCCAACAUAACUUGUAAGGAUUUUGGUGGCAAUGAAACACAUUUUACUGGAAAUGAAGUUGGUUUUCUGAAGCCUGUAUCUUGCCGAAAUGUAAAUGGCUAUUCAUACAAGGUGGCAGUUGCGCUGUCUCUUUUCCUUGGAUGGUUGGGAGCAGAUCGAUUUUACCUUGGAUACCCUGCCUUGGGUUUGUUAAAGUUUUGCACAGUAGGGUUUUGUGGAAUCGGGAGCCUAAUUGAUUUCAUUCUUAUUUCAAUGCAGAUCGUUGGACCUUCAGAUGGAAGUAGCUACAUUAUAGAUUAUUAUGGAACCAGACUUAUAAGACUGAGUAUUACUAAUGAGACAUUUAGAAAAACACAGCUGUACCCCUAAAUAUUUUAAAAAAGAAACAGGAUUUGGGCUUCUUUGAUUUCAGUAGAGCACCCUCAGUAUGUGGAUUUCCAGAUUUUCCUUUUUCUUCUUCGUAUACCACUUUAUGGAUUCUAUAUAAA